AUGGCUGGGAAAAGGAAAUAUAUUGGCGACAGAGGAGACCAGCCUUUGGACAAGUGGUUGCCUUUCAGUGUGAGGCAGACAAAGAGUGCCUAUGGAUACAGAGAUAUUUUCAGGAAGCAAGACAGCUUCACUCACAUCUUGUUAUCCACAAAAUCAUCUGAGAAUAACUCUGUAAACUCAGAGGAGGUGGGAAGUGGAGGGGACUUGGCAGCUUGGCUGCUAAUCACUGUGGCCACACUGACAUGUGGCAGUACACAUGUGAUGGGCAUCGGCUCCAUGCUAGUUGUAUGUGCCCAGUGGGAGCUUUGGCUAUUACUAGGAGAAAGUAACAGUUCCUCUGUCGUUGGGCCAUCUCCCAGAAACUUGGUGAAUACUUUAAUUCAGUUUAAGAAGCCUAAUAUUGUAGCAGUAAAGGGCCCAGCCAUUGGAGUAGGAGCAUCCAUAUUGCCUCUUUGCGAUGUGGUUUGGGCUAUUGAAAAGGCUUGGUUCCAAUCACCCUAUACCCCCGGACAGGAUCCAGAUGGCGGCUGUAAUGUUAUUUUUCCCAAGAUUAUGGGAGGCGUGUCUGCCAAUGAAAUGUUGAUCAGUGGAUGGAAGCUCACCGCACAGGAGAUAUAUGGAAAAUGCCUGAUGUCCCAGGUUCUGGCCAAGGAUGUCAUGGUUCUAAUCAAGGAGCUUGCUUCCUGUAAUACAGUUGUUCAUGCUGCAGCUGGAGCCGUCAUUGGAAAGUUACAUACAAACCCAGUGGGCACUCGAAAGGAUGCCUGUGCUGCUGAACAGAAGUAUGAGAAGCUGAGACCAUUUGAAUGUGGUGAUGGAGAGUCACUUGGAAAAGCUUAUAUCACUCAACAAAGAGAAUUAUCAAGUUUACCUUCAGGUCUUAAAGCUGAAGUAGAUUAG